AUGCUUGCAAUAAGAAAAUUGAAUCAAAGUGAGAAACAGUAUCACAAUCAAAGAAGCUUGAUGAGGUUCCACCAUGCAGAUAAAUAUGAUAUCGUAGUGCCGUGGUAUCAUCAGUCAUCUUUAACUGAUACUUUCAGUAUUAGUAAAGUGAAGUUGCCCCUCCCUUCGUCACGCCCUCAAUUUAACGGCCUUCAUGAAAUUACCGUUUCCGAUCCUUUGACACUAUCAACAUUACCACCACUACCAUCAUCAUCAUAUCAUCAUCAGUGUCAGUACUUUUAUCACUAUCAUCGUCAUCGUGGCCAUCACCAUUGCAUUGCCCAGCAUCACGACCACGAUAACAACAACAAAAAUAAAAACAACAAAAAUAACAACAACAAUGACAACAAUAACAAUAACGGCAAUAUCAACAACAACAACAACAAUAACAAUAACAAUAGUAACAGCAAGAACAAUAACACAUAUCUUUUAUUCUUUCGCAGAGAGGAAGUAGACAAUGAAAUGGCAUCAAAAUAUCAGUCAACAAAUUUGUCAUUGUGCAAUGUAAACAAAUAUCUGCAAGCAUGUAUCACAUCCAUUCUACUUUUCCUCUUUUAA